UAAUUCAUCACUCAAAAUUCAAAACUAGAUAUAGGUUAUAUUAUUCAAGAUGUUAACCUCAAAAAGCAAAAAUUAGCAAAAAAGUAAGUUUUAAAAUGCCUCCAAAGAAAAACACAGCCAAAACAUCAAAGGAAACUAAAUCUGAUGGAGAUAAAGCUGGUGGCAAGGAGAAAAAGGGUGGAAAUGCUGUCAAAGUGAGGCAUAUUUUAUGUGAAAAGCAGGGUAAAUGUCUUGAAGCUCUUGAAAAAUUAAAAGCAGGUCAAAAAUUCGUAGAAGUUGCCACCGCAUAUAGUGAAGAUAAAGCUCGACAGGGUGGUGACUUGGGCUGGAUGACAAGAGGUUCCAUGGUAGGCCCAUUCCAGGACGCUGCUUUUGCACUUCCAAUAUCAACAGUGAACAACCCCAUUUACACAGAUCCUCCUGUCAAAACCAAAUUUGGUUAUCACAUCAUUAUGGUUGAGGGCAAAAAAUAAAAACUAUUAUUUACAUGUGUUGUUAAUUAAGACUGUAUUUGUAUUAUUAAAUAAAGCACCAUAAAAUAUC